GGCCCCUCAGCCAUUAUGCUUCCCGCGCCUUAGAUUGCGGCAAUCGUGUCGUGUCCGCCACCCCGUGCUCUGUGUUGCGCUAAAGCAGGUGCUGGGUUCUUGCAUUUUUUUUUUAAUUCCCCCCCUUUCCCUUUUCCACAUAAUGACAGUCAUUCGCCGACGCCAACGCAACCAAGACACCUUCCCAAAGCAUCCAACCCGCAACAGCUGCACGACAGGAAUCUACAGCCCUACCCCGGCGAGAAUCGCGUUCCCUGUCGCGCCCGUCGCCGUUGGCUCGAAAAGGAUGGAGUCCAGCAGCAAAGGGCUUUUGGCGCCGGACGCACAUGCGCACGACGACGAUGACAUGUCCGAGACGGAGGCUUGCAUCGAUCGGAGAAAUCGGCACCCGAUUCCAGCCCUGGCACCUUCAUCCUUGCCCGUGUACAUGACCAUUCACCGAGUGAGGAGAUUAGUAGCCGCCGCUGUUGAUGAACCGUAUUCGCUUGAACAACUCAAAGACCAUAGGGUAAACAAGGAAAUUGUCCGCCCUCUUGUCGAUCGUCUUUAUACACCAAGCGACAUCUCCGUAGUCUACUGCCUGCUGGCCAACCGUGUCCAGUUUCUUCGUGAACAGUCCAGCACAGUUCACCAGACCGUCACCAUAGCUCGUGCCACCCUCUGCGAGCUUGCCGCCACCCUCAUCCUCCGCCGUCUGCACGAGGAGCACACCAGCGAGGAUGGCUUGCUACUCCUCUCUCAUGUCCUCGUCGAGGGCUUCGAUCCCUUCCAAGGGGCCCCAGACUCCAUCCAGCACGACACGGCUGCUCGUCAGUGGCGACUGCAGGAGCGUGAGGGUCACGAACGGAAGCUGACGGCCCUGGAGUUGGCCAUCAUCUCGGAAAGCAAAACUUUUAUCAGCUCGCCCGCCUGUCAGCGUGUCGUUAAUGCCGUGUACGAGGGCCAGGUCAUAUAUACGCCGCUGUCGGUCAUGGACAUCUUGCCAGAUCAUUACCGUCACCACCCAAUCUCGCUGUACGACCCGCGCAAGGCUCCGAUAUUAAACCACUACCGCCUCAUCGUCCCUCGCUGGCGCAACGCUGUCGAGAUGUGUCAGUUUCUGAUACUGCUGGGCCUAUAUGUCCUCACCAUGGUGUAUCGAAACGACGAGGGCACUGAAUUGUUUGAGCUCAUGUUCAGCAUUUAUACAGCCGGCUGGGUGUUGUCCGAGUUGGCGGCCAUUGCUGAGCACGGAUGGGAGGUCCACUCACAAUCGCUGUGGUCUUUUCUGGAUCUGACCUUUAUCUUCAUCUAUGGCGCCUACGUGGUCGCCCGCAUCUUUGACAUAUUCGCGGGCCGUUUUCCUCUUGGCCAGGGCCUGCAUAUCCUCUGCGUCGCCGCGCCGGUGCUCCUGACCAGACUGGCCUUUACGCUGCUGCCAAACAACAUCGUCUUCAUCAGCGUACGCGCCGCCAUGAGCGACUUUAUGAUGCUCACCUUCCUGGCCACGUGGUGCUUCGUCGGCUUCUUGUUGGCGCUGCAGUGGCUGAUUGACAGCGACGACAACUCCAACACGACGAUCCUGACGCCGCGCUGGUCCACGAUUGCCAAAUGGAUGCUCUGGAUCUGGUUCGGUCUGGACGGAACCGGAUUCGACGAGGCCGGCAAUUUCCACUCGGUCUUUGGCCCCGCGCUCAUGGUCGGCUUUGCCUUUUUGGGCAACACGCUCUUUCUGACCCUCACCAUCGCAGUGCUGACCAACACCUUUUCGCGCAUCAUCGCCGACGCGGCCGGCGAGGUCGCCUUCCGCCGGACGGUGCUGACGUUCGAGGGCGUCAAAAGCGACGCCAUCUUUGCCUACCCGCCGCCGACCAACAUCAUUGCCCUCGUGCUGCUGCUGCCGCUUAAGCUGCUCGUGUCCCCGGCCACGUUCCACACCGUCAACGUCUCCCUCGUCCGCGCCCUCAACGCGCCCGCGCUGCUGCUCAUCAGCCUGUACGAGCGCCGGCGUUCAUGGAGCGGAGGGGUGCUGGGCCGCCGUCGCCGCGGCAAGAACCCCUUUCUGAACUGGCAUUUCACCGGCUUUUCGCCCUACGACAACGUCCAGGCGGUGUUCAAGACGUCGGUGCCGGACGAGGUGGGCGACGCCAUUGAGAGGCUGGAUCCGUUGGAAAAGGCCCCUCGGACGCCGAUCGAGCCGGUCGCGGUAGAUGCUGAUAUGAGGUUCCGCCGAUAACCCCUGUGCGUUGGUGGGAGAGAGCAGGGCGGGAGGGGGAGGGCAUGGUUGCAGUUCACGUGCGAAUGGGCUCAUUUGGGCUGCGCGAAUCAGUACAGUAACCAAACGGAGAAUUGAUAAGAGUAGAUUUGUGUGGGGGGGUUUGACUAGACUAGCGCUAUAAUUGGGGGUUUUGAGUUUUUUUUCUUUGAUUUGUGGUAUUUUUCUGGCAUGCAUAUUGUAGCUACCUUAGCUUGUUAAACUUGUUUACUCGA